UGUUUUCCUUCUUAAACCCUAAAAAGCAGCUACCUUCUCUCUCUCUCUCUCUCUCUCUUGGAACGCAUUCAUUCAUUCAUUCAUUUCAUCAAACACUAUGCCUGCAAACAAGAAGAACCGUAACAAACACAAAGCUGCUUCUCACGACCCUUUCUUCGCCAACGAUUCACGUAAGCGCCGCAAGCCCAACCGCGAUGAUGCCGAUGUCAAUGCCGCCGAUGAGAUUGACAGCGACUUCGACGACGAUGACUUCUUCGCUGGGGAACACGGGGAAGACCUAUCCGAGCAGCAGCAGGAGGAAGAAGAAGAAACCGGAGCUGAAGCUCGGAAGAGAAUUGCCCAGGACUUCUUGAGAAAAUAUCGCGAUGCAGCAAAGAAGAAGGAAGAUGAAGAUGAGAGUAAAGGUGCUGAUGAAGACGAAGAAGGGUUCAGAGAUUCUCUCGUUGCUGAGAAACUCAUCAAGGACCAGCAAGAGGAGAGUGGCAGAGUCAGAAGAGCCAUUGCCUCAAGGGUGCAAGUGCCGGAGACUAGUGGUACUGACGCUGGGUUUAGGGUGCUGGUGAAGCACCGGCAUUCUGUGACUGCGGUGGCCCUGUCUGAGGACGAUACGAAAGGAUUUUCAGCUUCAAAGGAUGGGAGUAUUAUGCAGUGGGAUGUGAGUACUGGGAAAUUUGAGAAGUAUAGGUGGCCGAGUGAUCCGGUGCUGAAGAGUCAUGGAUUGAAGGAUCCGCAGAGUAAAGCUAAGAAGCAGAGUAAACAUGUGUUGGCAUUGGCCGCAAGUUCGGAUGGUCGGUAUUUAGCAACUGGGGGUCUUGACAGGCAUGUUCAUAUAUGGGAUACUCGUACCAGAGAGCAUGUUCAGGCAUUUCCUGGUCACCGAGGCCCUGUUUCUUGUUUGGCUUUUAGACAAGGAACUUCAGAGCUUUUCUCUGGUUCAUUUGACCGAACGAUUAAGAUAUGGAAUGUCGAAGACAGAACUUACAUGAAUACUCUAUUUGGCCACCAGAGUGAAGUGAUAAGCAUUGAUUGCUUGCGCAAGGAAAGGGUAUUAACUGCUGGGCGCGAUCAUACCAUGCAGAUGUUCAAGGUUCAUGAAGAGUCCCGUCUUAUAUUUCGCGCACCUGCAUCUUCGUUAGAAUGUUGUUGUUUUAUUAAUGAUGAUGAAUUUUUAUCUGGUUCGGAUGACGGAAGCAUUGAGUUUUGGAGAGCAGUGAAAAAGAAGCCUACCUACAUUGUGAAGAAUGCUCAUGCUUUACCAACAGAAAGCACAGAAACUGAACAAAUCGAUGGUGGAAGAAUGCCCAGCGAAAAUGGUCAUCACCAUCCCGAGACUCAGCAUCCUUCAUCAGUAUUUUCAUGGGUCAGUGCGGUGACUGUUUGUAGAAAUAGUGACCUUGCUGCCUCUGGUGCUGGUAACGGUUCUGUUCGAUUAUGGGCAAUAGAAAGUGAGACUAAUAAUAUCAAAUUUUGUCACAAUGUGCCAUUGGUUGGGUUUGUGAAUUCCUUGACUAUUGCAAAAUCAGCAAAGUUUCUGAUUGCUGGAGUUGGACAGGAACCUCGUCUAGGCAGGUGGGGACGAAUCCCUGAAGCUCGAAAUGGAGUUUCAAUUCUACCUCUUAAGAUAUCAUAAGAGCAACCUCAAUUUUGACUAAAUACUAAAUGCAACAUUUGAGUUGAUAGGUGUCGCAGAUCCCAGUUAUAUGUAUUCCAUUACAUUUAAUUUUUGGCCCCCUUCUUAAUAGCUAUCUCAGUAGUGUUCUGUUACAUCUUUUUGAGUUCCUGAAUUUUGAUUCAUGCGUUGACAAGGCCACGAAGAAUUGAUAAGGGAAAACCGUGCCAUUCAGUUGUCUUUGCUCCCAUAAUCACAUGAAGACGGUGUGAUUAUCGAUGCAGGAAAAGCUCUUGUUGAAACAAUUUUGUAGUUAUGUAUUUGUUGGAAGGGCCAAAGUAUGAAAAAUGGUUAAGGAUCUAUAGAUGAUUGAGAUUAAUUUAUCACCUUUUAGAGUUAUGUGAUUUUUACACA